CUCUGGCAGCUUCAGCAAUAUAAUUCUUAGCUAAUUGAAAAGAUAUGGAGAAUUCCCAAGAUCAGCCACUCCCUCCAGGUGUUCAUUCUUGGCCUAAUUAUUCACAGCCUGGUGAGAACAGACCUCAGAAUCAUUCAAACUAUUCUGGAUACUAUCAAUUUUCGCCGAAUGUCGCUGCUCCUUUGCCUCAAUAUCAGUUUUCUCCCAAUGCUCCUCAUACAUCUGUUUAUAAUACCCCUUAUAACUUUCAACAAGGACCCUUCUCUCAGUCUGGAUUUGUUACUACUCAAGCAUUGACCUUGGAGGCCCCUCCCAAUGUGAAAUCAACAGAGCAGCAUGAACAAAAUAAUAAGUCUUCGAACAAUGUUGAUGGAGGACAUCAGAGCGUUGAGAAUGCUAAUUCAGCUGCAUUGCAAGAGUUUGGUGUCAAUUUUACUCAGAAUGUGGAUGAAGCUGCAGUGAAUGGUUUUAAACAAUUAAACAGUGCGAGUGACAUUGAUAUUGCUGCUCAGGAUGCUGUGUUACGCGAACAAGAAAUCACCACCCAAAAUAUCAUAAGGAGUCAAAGAGAGGUAAGAAAUGUGGCUUCACCUGCCAAGGAUAAUUUAGACAUAUUCUCAGAACGACGUGACCCCAAUGCUUUGAAGGAACAUCUGUUGAAAAUGGCCACAGACCAUAGGGCUGAAAUGGCUGUUAAGCGUGGGAAAGCUGCACGCCAAGAAGAAGGUAACACAGAAAUAGGUAAUGGAUAUGGUGUACCUGGAGGAGGUGCCUAUUAUGAUGCUCCCAAGAUUAAUGCUACUACAGUAGGUAGCAAUUCAUUCGUUCAGCCUGAAUCUAAACAUGAUGGAUGUUCAGAGCAGAAACCUGCAGCUAAAGAAUUGCCUGAGUACCUCAAGCAGAAGUUGAGAGCUAGGGGUAUUCUUAAAAAUGAUACACAUAGUAAAGAUCUUAAAGGUACUUCAGCUGGACUUACGGAAAACGAAAAGUUGCCUCCGGGAUGGGUGGAGGCAAAAGAUCCAGGAAGUGGUGCAUGCUAUUAUUAUAAUGAGAGUACUGGGAAGAGUCAAUGGGAAAAACCUCACGAAGCAUCCUUAACUGAGCAAUCACCAUCAUCUUUACAUCUUCCAGAACAUUGGGUGGAGGCAUUGGAUGAAACAACAGGUCGUAAGUAUUACUAUAAUACAAGAAGUCAUGUAUCACAAUGGGAGCGUCCUAAUUCAGCUCAGGAAGUUGUGUCAGAUUACUCAGAGUUGUCGGCUGUUGGUGGGGAUGAUCAAUCAUCUAGUUUGCAGAGGUGCAUGGGCUGUGGCGGUUGGGGUCUAGGCCUUGUGCAAACAUGGGGUUACUGCAAUCACUGCACAAGAGUUCUGAAUCUUCCACAAUGUCAGUAUUUGUCCUCAAGUUUGAAUAAUCAGGAAAACAGUGCUGCACAUCCCCAUGAGAGCUCUGAUAAAAAGGCUAGCAAACAGAGGUCCAGUUGGAAACCUCCAUGCGAUAAUAGAAGUAAAAAAGUGGGCAAGAAACGCCCAAAUGCAGAGGACGAUGAGUUGGAUCCCAUGGACCCCAGCUCCUAUUCGGAUGCUCCUCGUGGUGGCUGGGUCGUGGGUCUGAAAGGUGUGCAGCCACGAGCAGCUGACACAACAGCAACAGGUCCUCUCUUUCAACAACGACCAUAUCCAUCACCUGGAGCCGUUUUACGAAAAAAUGCUGAAAUUGCUUCUCAGAAAAAGAAAUCAAAUCCAAAUUUUACUCCCAUAUCCAAGAGGGGUGACGGGAGUGAUGGGCUUGGUGAUGCAGACUAGGAUCGUCUUAUCAACAUAAUCAUGUUCACCUUUGUCCUGCUGUUUGUGCCAAGUGGAUGAAAUGUAUCAGAUGCAUGUUACUCUAUUGUCUGAGUUAACUAAGGAUGCAUUUCGUUAGAAAAAUCAGCAUGCUGUUGUGCAAUAAUAUUAUGAGGCUUUUACUGCAAAUAGUGGGAAAUUGGCAUCACAUCAAUAACCAAACGACUGGGAAGAAGCUGUGUUUAUACUUACAUAAUUGGCGGUGAUAUAUUUGAAGCAUUCUGACAGGUGAUGGUAAAACUUGCGCUCAGCUUGGUAGCGUUCAUGAGCAGAAACUGCAAAACCAUAUGAUUUUCUCUUGAUUUAAAAGUUCUAGAGAACCUGAAGAUUGGGAAAAUAGAGGAAAUUCUGCGCCUUCCAGCAUUUUCUGUGCUUUUUGCUUUUUGGUUCAUUUGAGUUUUCCACCUAGUCAUGUUAUAUCUUAAAUAACUUUAUUAUGGUAUUGUGGUUUUAUCAUGGAGAUAUAAUCCUAGUCUUUUUUUGCCUUGAAAUACCUGUACACCUUAUUUCCUCGUUAGAAUU